AUGCUAUUCCGAUCCCUUUGUCUCGUUGCUGUGACCGCCUUAGCCGUCGAGGCUGUUUCCAAGGAUGCGUCUUGCGACGACGAUGUGUUAACCCCAUCCGCACCACUGGCCUCUGGGCCACUGUCCAAAACUCGCCUACCUGGAUCACAGUUGUCCGGAUACCCUCCGUCUGGACCAUACUCGUCUGGUUCCUCUCCUUCCAGAACUCUCCCCUCGACUUCGAAUCACUCCUUACCGGCCCGAGUCUCGGCCCCUCGUUAUGUCAUGUACUUCGAUCAGUACCACACAGCCGGGGUUCCAGACAAAUCUAUUACCGCUGGCGUUACCCACGUCAUCACAGCCUUUGCCAACUCCUCUUUAUUCGCCUCUGAGCCGACUGGCGAGUACAAGCCAUUCAAGCCUAUAAAUGAGAUUCGAGCUCUGUUCGAUAACGGAACAAAAGUCUGCAUGGCCAUUGGUGGAUGGGCUGAUACCGAUGGUUUCAGUCGAGGCGCUUCGACAAAUGCCAACCGCAAUAAGUUUGCCCGUAAUGUCGUGGACUCCGCCGUCAAGCUUGGAUACGACUGUAUUGCUAAGACAAUAACUAAUGCAAUCAAACAACAAGACAUCGAUUGGGAGUACCCCGCGGGCAACGGUGCCGACUAUAAGCAGAUUCCAAACGCAAACAAGACCCAGGAGAUUGACACCUUCCCCCUGCUCCUCUCCGCUAUCAAGACUCAGCUGAAGCACCACAAGAUGGAGCUUUCCGUUACCGCUCCGGGCCUCAAGCGUGACAUGAUUGCUUUCACCCAGAAGCAGACCCCCAAAAUCAACGCAGUCGUUGACCACUUCACUGUCAUGACCUAUGAUCUGAUGAACCGCCGCGACAACGUCACUGCUCACCACACAGACGUCAAGGGCUCUCUCGAAGCCAUCGACACCUACAUCGCCCUUGGCGUCGAGCCGGGAAAGAUCAACUUGGGCUUCGCCCUGUACGCUAAGUGGUUUACCACUGCCGCCGGUUAUACUUGUUCCGAGGGUCUUGGGUGUCCCACUGAGUUGCUUGAGGCUGCUGACGGAACCGAUACUGGAAAGUCGGGCGCUGUCACCUUCGAAGCUGCCAACUUUCUGGCUGCUCCCACUAAUUUGACGACUUCUCCUGAUGCUUCUUGCGGUACCGGAACGUUCUACAAGUGUCCUACCGGUAACUGCUGUAGUCAGUACGGCUUUUGCGGCACCACUGAGGCUCACUGCAGCAGCGGUUGCCAGUCAGACUACGGUAUUUGCAACGGCACCUCAACCGCUGCCUCAUUCAAAACUGCCAUGGCCAACGGUAAGACUGACGAGGUCAGUGGUGGGCAGUGGUACUGGGAUCCCGCUGGUCCUUUCUUCUGGACCUGGGACACCCCGGCCCUUGUCUCCCGCAAGUUCAAUGACAUCGUCAAAGCUCGUGGUAUCGGCGGCGUUGCCGCUUGGAGUUUGGGCGAGGACUCUCACGACUUCAGCCUCAUCAAGAUCAUACAGGCGGGCGUCCGAGCUUGGCCCAGAUAG